GCUGGGUGUAGCAGCGGCAGCAGCAGCAGCAGCAGUCUGACGUCUUAUUAGUGUGAAUGACUUGGAGAAAAAACACUGACAACAGCUAAGUAGGCGAGACGGUCGAGGAAAACUGAGGAACAAUUUUCCUUUGUGACUUGUUCCCGCUUCCUUUUUGUCCUCCUUCCUCCACCUGUAUGACUUCUUGAAGACGAAAGUGGCUCAGUCAUGGAGAGCUCCAUUGAGGCUUCCUCCACUGCUGCGAUCUCAAAACCAAAGCCAGGUCUGGCCCCUAAACCUCGGCUUGCUCCAAAGCCCUUCUCUCUGCAGAAGAACUCCAGCAUUCGCUCCAUCAACGCCCCAAAGACGGUCAGUACAACCUCUAAGCCAGCAACCCAGAAGACCACACCUGCUAAGCAACCCCCCUCCUCUGAAUCCAAACCCAGCUCUGUGAGUGCGCUUAACACCAAAAACAAGCCAAAUACAACAACAGACCACGAAGCUACUCCAUACAAAGAUACCAUUGACUCUGGUGUAGGAAAAUCAGAGCCUGCAUCAAAAGCCACUCCACCCAAAGAAGCACCCAAGUCUGAGCCAUCUCAGAAGGAUGAUGUCAUCGAAACAAAUCACAAAACGCCUGCUGACAUUGUGCCUGAAUCUGAACAGAAAGAGGGGAAAAAGAAAGAAGAUGAAUCUCAGGCUUCUGUCAUCAAGAAGCUUGACAAAUCAGAUGGUGACAUUUCAUCUGCAAUUGAUCAAAAAUAUCGAUUUGGCAGCACCAGGAAGCGGCUGCCAGCAGAGCUCACCUCGAUGUUUGAGUCAGGUGGCCCUUGUCUGCCCCCUCAGCCGACUGUAACCGUCAGUACAGCCAAGAAUGAUGCAAACAGGCCGGAGUCAGCUCCAGCUCGAGCUACAUCACCAGCACAGACAACAUCAGAGCCAUCAAACAAUGAGGGUGGACUGAGUGAGGACUACAGUGGAGGAGGCAGUAUAAAGCGCAGAAUCAGUCAGCUGUUCGACUCUUCUUCGAGGCCAGAGGUCACAACAAAAAGAGAGGAGCCAGAAAUUGUAAACUCUACAGGAGGAGUGAAGCAGAGGAUUAAAAACUGGGUCACUGAGACAAACUCUGAGGCUGAUAAGAAGCCUCAGGUUUUACACCGAGGACGCUCUAAGAGCUUUGAGCCACCAAUUGCUUCAACAGCAGUAGAAACACCUGAAAAACCAAGUGUUGAACCUUCUACAUCCAAGACAUCCGAUGAGGUGGAUCGCCCUUCAAAGGUCUCACCAGCUGAACGACCCACAGACUCCCCUAAGGAAACACUCAAGGAUGCUCCCUCUGAAAACAAGGCAUUGGAAAGCCCUGCUGAGACGUCAGAAGAAAACACAGACAAGACAAAUAUGGAUGGAGUCCAACUACGAAACCGUGGCCGAUCAUUAAGCCAAAGUGCUGCUGAUGAAAUAGACUCAGCUGCUGGUAACAGGCCUCUAAAAAGGGACAAAGUCAAACGGCGCUCCGUUCACUUUGGUGUUGUGGAGAGGGAUGAUGGAGGGCCUCCAGUGCCCCUGGGCUCAGACCCUGAUUCUAGUGAAGAGGAAGGAGAAGAAGAAGAGGCACCUAAGGAGGAAAUCCCUGAGUCAAUACCUGUCUAUAGACGAGUGGGAUCAUUUGAGAAGAAGGACAAUGAUGCACAGACAGAAGAAGAGGAACGACUGAAACAUCUGGAGUUUGAGAGAAGACGGAGAGCAGAAGAGCACGAGCAGGCAAGACUUCAGAUCGAAGAGGAGCUUAAACAAAAGGAAGUAGAAGAAGAGAGGGAGAGACAGAUGGCAAGACAGAGAGAAGAAGAGGAAAAGGAAAGAGCGAGGCUUAGAGAAGAGGAGCUGGAACGACAGAGGAAGGAGGAGUGGGAGAGAGAGAGGUUGAAGGAAGAGCAGAUGGAGAGAGAAAGGCAGAGAGAAGAAGAAAGGGAGAGGGAGAGGCAGAGAGAGAUGAUGUUGCAGAGACAGAGAGAAGAAGAGAGAGAGAGGGCAAGACAGGAAGAGGAGAAGCUUAAAAGAGAGCAGGAAGAAAGGGAAAAAGAGAGACUGAAGGAGGAGAGAGAAAAACAGAGGCUAAGAGAAGAAGAGAUAGAGCGACUGAGAGAAAGAGAGAGACAGAGGCAAAAGGAGGAAGAGGAAAGAUUGAUUCAUGCACACAGAUCUGAGGGAAUUCUGAGAGAGGAAGAAAUUAAUUUAGAAAAGCAAAGAGAAGAUGAGUGGGAGAAGGAGUGGGUGAAAAAGACAGAAAGUUUAGGAAGAGGAGAAGGGGAGAGAGAAAAAGAGAGACUCAGGCAAGAGGAGAGAGAGAGAGAGAGAUUAAAGGAGGAGGCUGAGGAGAAAGAGCGGGAGAGGCUGAGAAUGCUAAAAGAAGCAGAGAUGGAGAGAUUGAGAGAAAUAGAAAUUGAGAAACAGAGAGAGGAGGAGAGAAAGGAAGAGGAACAGAGGAGACAGCUAGAGAGAGAAAGAGUGGAGGAGCUGGAGAGGAAAAUGAAAGAGGAGUUGGAGAGAAAGCAAGCUAGGGAACUUGAAGAAAAGUUUAAACUAGAGGAGAGGCGGAAAGAAGAAACAAGAUUAUUCAGCGAUGCUCCCCAUAAGUCAGAGUCAUCACUUCUCCCCUCAGAGAGUCAAAUCGAGGUUGUUUACGAUGACUUCUCCAUCAAACAGUCUCUGAUAGACGUGGACUUCGAUGAUUUUUCUGUCAAACCAAAGAAGUGGGGCUCACAGACUAAAAAAGAAGAAGCCAGGCAAAGGUGGGAGGAGGAUCCUGUGAAGGAACAGGAAGUGGAAGCUUUGGUGCCAGUGGAGGUCAGCCGCAGGGAAAAUAAAAUGCCAGAGCAGGUGUGGAAACCAGACAGCCCACUGAGCACAUUAACCCAGGACAGUCCGGAGGAAGAGGAGCCAGGGUCAGAAGGAGUGCAGCUCAUCUCCAUAAAGUUUGUCGAAGACAAGAUGAUGGAGAAGGAAGAAACGGUGGAGGAGGAGACAAAGGAAGAUGAUGAAAACAACCAGAAGGCACAGGUUAACAGUUACGUCACAACAGAUCAGGACAAAGACACUGAUGCUUUGAUAGACAAUGAGCCUGACCAGCAGCAUGAGGCCUGUGAGGAGGAGCCAUCUCAAAUUGACAGUCCACAGACGGGUCCUGAAGAAGCCCCUGAAGUCUCCCCUGAAGGCAUUGAUACCACUGACUCUCACACAGUGGAGGAGCCGGCUCCAUUCCCUGAAAGCUCCACUCCUCUUCUUGACACCAGCCUGCAGAGAUCCAAGGCAGAUCUGAGCAAGAGGAGGAUUCGAUCACGUCCAUCACGAGUGUUUCGUACAAAUUUGUCUACAAAGGAAAGCCCAGAUUGGAGGACACGGGACUCCACAGAUGAUAAGGAGGCAAAACAAAGAGAUUCAGACUCAGAGGAGGAGCAGCCUAAAAUAAAGAGAGUCAGUUCUACUCCUCAGAAAGUCCCCGUCUUCCCUGGUUUGAGUCCUUCAGCCUUACUUGCUCAGCUGAAAAGGAGAACAGGUGGAGGAGGAACUGGAGGUGGAGGAGAGGAAACCGAAGAAGAGAAGGAAAGCCAAAAGGAGGAAGAGGUAGCACCGUCUCCCUCACAGCUGUCCCGCUCUCCUCGCUCUGCCUCUCUUCUUGCAGGGGCUGCACGAGUGCUGCCACCCAUAGGCAGCGGGGAUAAAGGCAGUGGUGCCUCUCCUGCCUGGCUGAAAGAACUCAAGUCAAAGAAACGUAUGAGUCAGCAUGACGGGGAGGCAUAACCAGCGACAGGACUCUGGAAGCUGCUUAAUGCUGUGGAGAGAGACCUUGCCAUGAUUGCUCCAUUUUGCACUUUUAGUGCCUUAUUUUGGACUUUAUCUGAAAUGCAGGCAGGAAAAUCCAUGUCUGAUGAUCACAGAGGCCUUCAAGAACUUUUCUGUUUCUUAUAAUAUGUGUUGCCAUUGCUAAGCGCCAAGACUGUGAUGUGUUUAAUGCCAGGGACAAGUUGUAUCUUGUGUUAUACAGAGGCUUGGUGCAGGGGUCAAACCCCAGUGUAAUUUAGAGCAAAACUUUGGUCUGUCUAAAGUAUGAAUGUGUGGAUCCAUCAUUUACAGACUGGGACUGAUGACACUAGGCCUUCAUCAAGUCUAACAUCACACAUGUACAGAAUAUGCUGAAUAUAAAUAAUGCGUUGCACCUUUUGUGUACUUAGUAUAAUUGUAUAAAAUGUCCUCAACUCUAUUCUUUUAAUCUCUGAUCAUCCUAAGUAAACUUUAAAGCACUUUAAGAAAACUUUAUAAAAAUGACCGUCCACACAGUACCUCUAAACAAUAGAAUUCAAGUGCCUAUCCAUAAUAACAGGGUCAAGGGGAUUAUAUUUUUGCUUAAAAUUUAACAUCUUUCUGCUUUAGAUAAUUUCACAGAACUUAAAGAUGUACAUUUUGGUGUUAUUAAAACACCCAUUAUCUUUUAGAACAGCAACAGAGAGCUCAGAGGUUUUGGGCAUGCCAUAAAAAAUCAGAAAGUGUGUUUUGUGAUAUGUUUAAUCAAGCAAAAUGUUUUUUAUCUGCUCAAGAUUAUUUUAAUGUGCCUUUUUAAUGUAAAACAGUGCCAUUCACAAAUACUGUAAUCUGUCAUGAUUAGCAUACUGUAUGAUAAGAGGAAAUUGGGGAAAUUUUAUUAAAAUUUUCUAUGAAAUGUAA